AUGGAUCAAGAUGCUCCCGGAAGGGCGCGGACCAGGUCCGAUGCCUCGAGAAUGAGAGACGAGGCCGCCUCGCCCACCUCGCCAACCCGCAGCAACCGCGGAGCAAACGGCGACUGGGACUCCAUCUCACCCACGCGACGAACAUCCGCUGUCGAUGACGCUGUCCCAGGCGUCCGCCGGCGGAGUUCAGCAGCCUCCAGGCGGAGCGGCGCAAGCGCAGUGCCCAGUCUCGUGCCCCGAACGACCCUGGCGGCGCGCACGCAGGGCAAAUUCACGCUGGCCGGGCCGGACGAGACGCCGCAGACACGCCUUGCUCAUGAGCCAUUCGUGCAGCCGGGGUAUGGCGAUCUCAACCCGUCGUACGAGCAGGCGCCGAAUGUCAAGCCGAUAUGGAGUUUGGCCAAGCCCCUCCCCCGUGUGGUGAGGGCGGGCAUGGUGCCGACGAAAGAUGAGUUGUUGGAGAAUCGUGCCAAUGCGCAGAUGCCGGCGGAGAAUUCGCAGAAGCUGGGACUGGAUGUUGAUCCGAAUGACCUCGAGGAGGGGCGGAUUGACAAGACGGCGGAUCCGCGGAAGAUGGCGGCCCAGGCGGAGGAUGCCCGCGUGCAGCGGGAGAAUAACUUCAUGAACAAGAUCCUCACCGGCGAGGCGACGUCGACUGUACCGGGAUCCCGCGUGUCUCGCGGCUCGUCGAACCGUAGAAGACGUUCAUCUGCGUGGGAUGUGCCAGAUCAGCUGUCAACAGUCGACGAGACAGAACCGCAAGACGAAGGCAAGAAUCAAGUCUUUGACGACCCUCUCCCACCAGUGCCGGAAGAGCCAGAAGAGCAAGACCUCCCGUUUGAUGCCGGUCUUAUCGACAUCACCAAAGCCACCAUCCCCGACGACCUGCACCCCCUCGUGCAAGAUCUCGUCGAGGAUGAAGUCCACAACAACCACACCACCUGGUCCGUCAUCCGCACGCACCACCGCGAAGCCCUCGCCGAAUCCCUCGGCGUCUUCGUCCAGCUCACCAUCGCCUUCGCCGCCGACCUCUCCGUCACCAUCGCCAACGCCGGCAACCCCAACACCACCUCCUGGGCCUGGGGCUUCGCCACCAUGAUGGGCAUCUACGUCUCCGGUGGUGUCUCCGGCGCGCAUCUCAACCCAUCCAUCACCGCCAUGCUGUGGUUCUUCCGUGGCUUCCCCAAACGCAAAAUGCCCGAGUACUUCCUCGCCCAGUUCCUCGGUGCCUUCUGCGCCGCCCUCGUCGCAUACGGCGUCUACUACCACUCCAUCCAGAACUACCUCCUCACCAACACCGACACCGGCAUCGUCACCAGCUUCGUCACCAGCCAGCGCCAAUCCUGGAUCGAGCCUGCAACCGCCUUCUUCAACGAAUUCAUCGGCACCGCCCUGCUGGCCAGCACCAUCCUCGCGCUGGGCGACGACCAAAACGCACCCCCAGGCGCAGGCAUGAACUCCUUAAUCAUCGGCCUCGUCAUCACCUGUCUCUGCAUGGCCUUCGCCUACCAAACCGGUGCGGCCUUCAACCCCAGCCGCGACUUUGGGCCGCGUCUCGCUCUUCUCGCGCUGGGAUAUGGGGGUGAGUUAUUCCGCGAUCCGUACUGGUUCUAUGGGCCGUGGGCGGGGUCGGUGUGCGGUGCGUUUGUGGGGGCGUUCUUGUAUGACUUUUUCAUCUUUACGGGUGGUGAGUCGCCGGUGAAUUAUCCGUUGGAAAGGACGCAGAGGGCGAUGCGCAAGAGUCGCAUGAAAUGGGGGCGGCGGUUGCGGUUGAGUAGAAGGGGGCGUGCGAAUAAGGUCAUUCGAUAG